GGUGUGACACCGGGCAGGUGUUAUAGCCGGUAUCCGCUAUGUAAAAGAUGACCGGUUGCUUGCUACGGCAGUCCGAGUUCGACGGCUGUUUUUAACGGAGACUGCGCGAAAGGAUCCAAUCGCCGAGGCUCGUAAAUUAGGGUUCACGAGGGAAACUAUUGCGUCGAUGAUAUUGGCCCCCCUCUGGAUCGCAGUUUGAGAUCCUUAUCAGAUCACGGUGCGAAGAUAGAUUUUUUUGCCGAUUAAUUGGAUAAUUUUUCAAGAAACAUGAGUCAGCCGCCAUUAAUUUAUAGUUUUGUGGCUAAAGGGAGUGUUGUGCUUGCUGAAUACACUCCCUUUUCGGGGAAUUUCAGCACUAUUGCUGUCCAAUGCUUACAGAAUUUGCCUCAAAAUAAUAAGAAAUUCACCUUCUCAUCUGAUUGCCGCACAUUCAACUUCCUGGUUGACAAAGAAUUUGUGUUCCUCGUGGUAGCUGAUGAAGCAGCUGGAAGAAGUGUUCCAUUUGUGUUUCUAGAACGUGUCAAGGAUGAUUUCAUGCACCGCUAUGGACAAAGUAUCAGUGGUAACAACUCCCAUCCACUCAUUGAUGAGGAAGAUGCUGAUUUGUUUGGGGACAGAUUUAGCACUGCUUACAGUCUUGAUAGGGAAUUUGGUCCAAGGCUGAAGGAGCAUAUGGAGUAUUGCAUAAAUCAUCCAGAGGAAAUGAGCAAACUUUCAAAGCUGAAAGCUCAUAUAACUGAGGUUAAAGGAAUAAUGAUGGACAAUAUAGAAAAGGUUCUGGAUCGAGGUGAAAAGAUUGAAUUUCUUGUAGACAAGACUGAAAACUUACAGCUUCAGGCAGAUAGUUUCCAGAGACAAGGCAGGCAACUCCGGCGAAAGAUGUGGCUUCAGAACCUCAGAUUUAAACUGAUGGUGGCUGGUGUCAUCCUUGCAAUCAUUCUCGUGUUGUGGUUGAUGGCAUGUGGAGGGUUUAAAUGUUAAUUCUGCAACUUGUUUAGUUUGCAGAUUUGAAGAAUUUGUUCACUGCCAUUUGCAUAGUCCUUCGGUCCUUGAUCUUUUUGUCAUCUUCCUGGUUAUGAAUCUUGUGUUCAUUCUAAAAUAGCAGGUGAGUUCUUGCCACUGGACUACCAAUUUUCUGUUCUUUGCUCGUUGUUCUAAACAAACAAUGACACCAGUUGCUUCUUUGUU